GCAGCAGCAGCAGCAGCAGCUUCGUGACCAUGUAGAUAUGAUGAUCGAUCAAGAUGAAAAGAACUUGAAAGCUGCUGGAGAGGGAACGUCAGAAGAGAAGCCUGGGCAGGACGUGAAGGAUAAGGGGAAGCAGCGCGCAGGCGUACCUGGUGGUGGUCCUGGUGGUCCUGGUGGUGAUCCCGACGACGACGAUGAUGACGACGAUGACCCCGGUGAGGGUUCCAGCGGCGACUCUGGCGGCAGACCGGUCAGCGGUCCUCGUGGACCAGGUAAGGAACAGACAGGAAACGGCAAGAAUUGUAGCUGCCCCUGUCUCGGUGGCUGCGAUUCAUCAAACAGGUCGGCAGCUUCACAGGAGACGACUCCGGCUGCUAGACAACAUGUCAACGACCUCGUCAAGGUGUACGAUCAGUACAAAAGAUGCUGUGGCCGUAAGCCCAACGGCGAGACGGACGGAAGCAACACGGCCACCGGACCCGAGUCCGGAACGGAGACAAUGGUCCCCGAAGACGACGGCCUUCUCCUGGUGCGACUAGCCGGCAUCAUGGAAAUGGACAGCGCCACGAGAGAACGAAUCGCGCACCCGCGCCCAAGCUACCUCUUCCGCCUCCUCCUCGCCUUCUGGAGUUGCAUACGCAUCCACUACGUCUCAUGGCGGCAGGCAUUACACUUUGCGUUCGACGGCCUCGUUUGCUUACUCGUCUACCCGCUGCCCGGCAGCAGCUGGAAGCCGAGC